CUCAAGGCUUACCUAAGGGUACCGCUGUAAGCUGCAGCCACAAACAGGCCAGGGAUUCCAGGAAAGACUGCCAGAAUAUCCAUUACAAGGAACAAACCCGACUAAGGAAAAGUCACCUCGCUAAAAAUGGUGACAUCAUUGUUCAGCAGCUGGCUCCUUUUCCUGCUGUUUUACCCAGCUGUUCCCAUUUGUCUUCCCACAGAGUUCACAUUGUUUGUGGAAAAGCCAGAAUGUGACUAUUGUGUGGCGAUCAAUACCACUAUCUGCAUGGGAUUUUGCUUCACAAGGGACAGCAACAUGAGGGAUAUUUUCCGCUCACGCUUCGUUGUCCAGAGGAGCUGCACCUAUGAUAGGGUGGAGUAUCGCACGGUCAUUCUUCCUGGCUGUGCUCUCAACUCCAACCCUGUGUAUACCGUCCCAGUAGCGCUCAGCUGCCACUGCGGUGCCUGCAGGACUGACAGGGAUGAGUGCACACGCAGAGUUAACAGCUACGACGCUCACUGUGCUAAGCCAGUCAGACGUGUUCAUCCUUAUCCCGGCCAAAGCAACUACAUGAUCCCAUUUUGACUCAUCUGUUUAUGGAAGAAGAGGUUUUGACUUCAGCUUAUAAUUAAACAUAUGGUGUUUGCACUGUUUCCUACUGCAUCUUAAUUUAAUCUGAUUGUGGUCUAAUAAAUCUGCUGCAGUUUGA